AUAUACUAACGGACACAACAAAGACAGCCCAAUAACCGGUUUUCCACUGAUAUUUCCCCUUUUCGCCAUUGAAACAGCUGAAAACAAAAGCCAGAUAUGGCAACCAAGACGAGAUUGGCUUCGGUUGCCGCGUUGUGGAUUCUAGUUCUUUUUGGAACCUUAGUUUUGAUUCAGAAUCGAUUGAGCGACGCUGGAGUUUCCGAACCAAAGCUUAAUCAGGGCUUUGAGGAUGAUUCAGAGGAAAUUACACAUAAAGUGUACUUUGAUGUCCAUAUUGAUGGAAAAUCUGCUGGUCGGAUAGUCAUGGGCCUAUUCGGUAAAAGCGUUCCAAAAACUGCAGAGAACUUCCGCGCCCUUUGCACAGGGGAGAAAGGAACCGGAAAAAGCGGGAAGCCUCUUCAUUACAAAGGGAGCACUUUCCAUAGAAUUAUUACCAGCUUUAUGAUCCAGGGUGGCGACUUUACUCGUGGCGAUGGACGAGGUGGAGAAUCUAUAUAUGGUGAAAAGUUUGCUGAUGAGAAUUUCAAGCUCAAGCAUAACGGGCCUGGACGACUUUCAAUGGCCAAUGCUGGGAAAAACACCAAUGGAUCACAAUUCUUCAUCACAACUGUAACAACCAGCUGGUUGGACGGACAUCAUGUCGUAUUUGGCAAGGUGAUUACUGGAAUGGAUGUCGUCUUCAAGAUAGAAGCCGAAGGAAACAAGAGUGGUGUGCCAAAAUCUAAAGUUGUCAUUGCAGAUAGCGGCGAGGUGCCUUUAUAAUUUACUCACUUUGUUUCAACUGAAUGUAAACUUUUAGAGUCUGUUUUAAUUGAUAACAUUCCCUUGUAGAGCAUACAUCAGUUACUUUCUUACUGCCAUAUUGAAGAAAUGAUUUAACGUUUGGGUUUCGAACA